AUUCCUAUUCAGAGACUGGAUCAAAUUCCCCGCACACCGGGAAUUCGCUUCUCCCACCUGAAGGGCCAACUGGCGCGGGAUUUCUUCGAAUUUCAUGCCGCCCGCACUUCUCCGAAGCUUCCAAAGGCGGGGAGGAGAGAGUCGGAUCAGCAACCCGGACGUGACGCACGACGUCGUCACGUGACCCGUCUCCGUCACAUCCGCCAAGACCGGUUUCCUCCUCUCUCCGAGGCCUCCGCGUUUGCAAAGCGGAACCCGUGGAGCCGCCACUGUCGUCUGCCCGGCGAACGGAAACGCCCGACCUCGAGCGUCUCCUCUGCUCGGCACGGGGAAUACUGUCUGGUCGGCGGCGUGCUGUGUGUGAACCACUCCGAUCGGCUUCCUUUUGUCCGGUGUGUGUGUCGCCCGUGCCGGUGGUGGGCCGCGGUUUGUGAUCGGACGCUCUGCACCAUCUGGAUGAAACGAUGAGGUGUGCGUCCGUGCUAGCGCUCGCGCUUUUCGCUGGCCUCUCCGCCGCGCUCAAAGCGCCCCGGCUGGAGCACGUCAACUCGGAGGUGGGCUACCAUGCCAUCGUCAAGGAGAACAGCCGCAACGUCAAGAUCAUGCCCAGGAUCCGGGUCCUCGACGCCAAGGUGUGCCGGUUCCUGAUCUCCAACAAGCACCACACGGAGGCUCCGUUCGAGGUCCGGAUCACGGAUGAUGCCAAAGGCGAGGCGGAGCUCUUUGCCAAGAAGGACCUCAACUGCGAGAAGCAUCGCAAUUACAAGUUCGACAUUGCGGCCGUGGGCUGCAAUGGGCUCGUCUCUGAAAACGUGACGGUGCACCUGUCGGUGGACGACGUGAACGAGUUUGCGCCCCGGUGGGAGGAGGAGUCGUACCAGGGCAGCGUGGACGAGGGACGUCCCCCGCACGAGCGGGUGCUGCGCGUCAGGGCGCUCGACGCAGACUGCACCCCCAAGAACAGCGAGAUCUGCAAGUACGACAUCCUCGACGCCCACGUGCCCUUCUCCAUAGACUCCGAGGGCACGCUGUGGACCACUGAGCCCCUGGACUGGGAGGUGAGCAGCAACCACAUCUUCCAGGUGGUGGCCUUCGACUGCAGCAUGAAGCAGAGUCGCCCCGUCACCAUCACCGUGCGGGUCAACAGGGUCUGCCGUGUUGGCUGGAAAGGCUUGGAGGAGCGGGUGGAGUACAGCCCAGGGUCCGGGCGGCGAGCCCUGUUCCCGGACGCGCAGCUGGAGCUCUGCGAGGGUAGCUGCGACCCCGAGCAGCUCACGGCCCGGCUGACCCUGGCCACCCGCCACGUGGGCAAGGGAUGCGACAGGGACACCUACUCGGUGGACUCUCAGAGAAAGCUUUGCGGGGCCAGCUCGGACAGCGUGGACUUGCUGCCGAGCCCCGGGGUGGGCGCUGAGUGGACCCAGGGCCUUCCGACGGACGAGGGGCGUGAGAGCGACCAGAUUUACGAGUUUGACGGGGCCACCAACGCCGUGGUGAUCCCAGAGUCCACCGUGAGCCACAACCUGACCAACACCUUCACGGUGGGCUUCUGGAUGCGCCACAAGGCGCCCACAGGCGGUGCCGCCCACAACGCCUCCCACCUCAAGGAGCACGUGCUGUGCAACUCCGACGACCACCGCAUGAGCCGCCACCACACGGCCCUGUUCCUGCGCAACUGCCGGCUCAUCUUGCUGCUGCGGAGGGAACCGAUCCAGGAGGAGGCCAACAAGUUCACCCCGGCCGAAUGGCGCUGGAAGACGCCCGAAGUCUGCGACGACCGCUGGCACCACUACGCCGUCUCCGUCAACUUCCCCGAGGCGUCCCUGUACGUGGACGGGCGUCCCUUCAAGGUGACGGCCAACAACCCGGAGAUUGUGGACGACUGGCCCCUGCACCAGACUAAAAACAUCAACACCACCUUCGUGGUCGGCGCCUGCUGGCAAGGCAAGGACAACAAGAUGGCGUUCCACUUCCGGGGCUACUUGACGGGGCUGUCGGUGCUGCGAGGCCGCACCGAGUCGCCCGACGUGCUCUCCUGCCUGCACCGGUGCAAGGAGUGGCUGGACGUGCCUCCCGCAGAUGCCCAGGCCACCGGCACCGAGGUGGCUUCCAACGCUGAGCGGAGCGAGGUGACGGUGAUGGCGCGGGACCAGGACACCCUGGAAGACUUGGUGUCGCGGGUGGCUUACGUCAACUCUCGAGACUUCCCCACGCCAGGACGCCGAACCGUCCACAUUGCCACGACCGUCAUGUGCAGCAAUGGCAAGGCCCAGAAGGUCCCGACGGAGGAGUCGUGGGUGACGAUCUUGGCGGCGGAGCAACCCAGCAUCACCAUCAAUGGCACGCCCAACCUGGCCCGGGAGUACGAGCCCUUCAAGCAGGGCAUCGAGCUCUUUGCCUCCGUCUUCAUCGCCGUGGGUAGGGAGCGCCAGGCCCCCUCCCCCUCCUCUUCCUCCCAGGAGGAGGAGGAGGACGAGGAGGACAACCAGGUGUCGCCCUCUGUGGCCAAGCAGCGCCAGGGGCGGCUGGACUCUUGCAGCGUGCAGGUGUACCCUCCCCUGAACCCGGACCACGAGCGGUUCCAGCUGCCCUCCUACAUGAUGGCCCACCUUGGCAUCCACCAUCGGGAAAGCAAGGACGGGCUCGUCAUCUACGGAGCCGACAAAGUUCAGCACUACGAGAACGUGCUGCGUCAGAUCCUGUACUUCAACAAGAAGCCCGCAUACUACCUGAACCGUGCCUUCAAGCUCGUCUGCUCCGAACUCAACGGGCGCUUUGUCAGCAACGAGUACAUUCAAACUCUGACAGUGAUCCACCCGCGGCCCGAGUCACCCAACCACCGCGAGACGUCCGCUCCGGCCGCAGCGGGGGCGGUGCACACGACGCCGUCGCCUCCGCUCCCGGCCGGCGCUCCCGCGGCGGCGGCACACGCCCAGGUGUCUUCGCACAGCGUGGAGCCCAAGGGCGCCAAGGUGCAUGCGGGCAAGUACGUGGAGCUGCUGGACGGAGGAGCGUCGGAGGCCCUCGCCAAGAGCUCGGCCAGCCAUGCGGUGACCAUCAUCAUAGUGGUGUGCGUGGGCUUCCUGGUGUUCAUGAUAGUGCUGGGCGUGAUCCGCAUCCGGGCGGCCCACCAGCACCAGCAGCAGCGGCAGGGCGGGGGGCGCCACCGCACGGGCGACGCCGACGACCAGGAGAUGGCCUGGGACGACUCCUCGCUCACCAUCACCGUCAACCCCAUGGACCAAAUCACCGAGGAGCGGGAAGGGCACCGCAGCAGCGGCGGCAACAACGGCCACGAGGGCAGUGCGGGUGGCGCAAGCACCACCUCCCGCCGGGGCGCGGCGGCGGCGGACGAGGAGGACUCUGACAGCUCGGACGACGGCAGCAGCUACCACGAGGAGAGCGAGGAGGAGGAGGUGCCGGACAAGGCCAAGGCCAAGGGCGACCUGGAGUGGGACGACUCCACCCUCACCUUCUGAGCGCCCCUCCGGCCGGCCGCUUCCGGACUUCUCUUCCCGCCGUGCGGGCCACGCCUCCUUGUUUUCCUCCCGGAGGAAGUCCGGAAUCGGUUGUCGUCCCGCCGGCCUUUGUCCCGAGCGGCACGCGGCGCCUGGGAGACGUCGGAAAUCCGCCUCGCGCGAGGUUUCGCUGUUUCCUAGACAUUGCGCGUUGCCUCGGCGGGCUCGAGUUUUAUUCGUUUGGUAUUGUUCCUCCAAUCCUCCCCCUCUCCUCCUCCUUCGAGUGUGCGGGACCCUCUUCCCCCUCCCACGGGACGUCUUUUGGCAGACCCGGAGUAUUUUAUUAUUGUUCAUAUCUUCCGAGACGCGUCCUUAUUUUUUCUCGUUUGUUACAGAACGCUUUGUUUUCUUAAAAAGUAUGGGACUUCCUUCCGCCUUUCCUAGGAGCUUCUGCCUUCAUUCGAGAGCCUGGGGAGUCUAAACGCCGCAUGAUGUGACGUCGAAGCCGAGGAGGGGUGGCACGCAACCGUGCGGUUUAUGUCGGGAUCCUUCUGGCAACGUGGGCUCCGUUUCAUAUCCUCGCUGCGCGGCCCACGCGGCGAUUCGGAGUAGUUUUGAACGCGUACCCAUCGCGUACGUGCCCGCGUGAUGUGCACGUCUCCUGGUCUCUGAACUCGUCACCAGAGGCAGCGGCGGCGGCGUGGUUUGGAACGUUCCUUCUUCGGCGUCUGAAUCCCGGAGCCUCCUUCGUCGUUGCUGCUUUUCCGACGCAGAUCCAGACGGUGUUUGCUGCAGUGGCGUUUCUCUUCCUGGGGUCGUCUCUCUCUCUCUCUUUCUCUUCUUUUUCUUUGACGCUGUGGAAGGAAAGCAUCCCAGGGCCCGAAAGAGCACAGAAAGGAAGGCCGGUAAAGGUUUGUCGCGCCACACUUUGAGCGGUUGCGCAGAUUCCUUGUACUUACUUUGACACCGCGGGAAAUUAGGAUGGAGAAAGCGCACGGGCCCCCGUUCCUCCUGCUUCUUCCCACAAUACUCGCCUACAUGCCCAGGUCCGCCUUCCAACUUGCCGUCGUUGCAGUAUUUCAACGACCGGUGCCGCCGUCGCGGCUGCCUCAUUAACAUUACCGCCAUCACUCGCGCAGGAUGUGGAUCGAACAGGGAGGUGGUAGGCGUUGCAUUUCUCGUCGGAUCACCCCGCUUACAUUGGUAUCCUGCCUAGUUGUGCUUCAGUAACUUUUCAUUUGGAGUGACGCGUAGCUAUUGCCAUUUCUUACGGUCGUACCGCGCUUGAGUUGCGGCACUUCCAGCACCUCCACCAGAAGUUUCUCCCGUAACAGCAACUGUUAGGAGUCGUACCAUUGGCUUUCACCCAUCCUUUUUUUUUUUUCUUUUUUCAUGUGGCAGCUUUUUUGUCUGUGUUUUCCAAACCUUGGCAUCGCUUCUCGCUCCCAGUCCUCUUCCGUGACGUGUGUACCUCGCGGGAAGUGCCCUGUACAAAAGAACACCUUUAUCGAUUCCAAGCACGACACAUGCGAAUGCACGCACACAGAUCAACUUGUACAAGAGUCGUGCGAAACAUUUGAUAUUUUCGGGCUCCUUUGUCGAGAAAAGUGUCAGCCUUCGCUUAUUAACAAAACGGGCCACCACAGUCCUGCAACGGCAUUCGUUGUUUGGCGCAUUGCGACCGACGUUGAUCGAUCGGCACUUUGUGAAAGGGUGAUUGGGUUAGCUUGAGAUUAGACGGCAAUGUCGGCGCGCUUGCAUGCAUCAGCCUUCUCCAGAAAGGAGCCUCGAUCGUUGAGACGCUUUUCAUCCCUCGCCGUUGGGUAUUUACCCAACUCCGCUUUGUUCCCGUAGGCCUCUUACGUUCAAAGUCCCCUCGUCGUCAAAACGACACGUGGCACUUCAGCACCGUGCCGCACUGUUUACGCUGUUGUAUAGGUUAUGCAGCCUCUCGUUUUAUCAUUGAGUGUGUAGCCUUACCUCUUAGGAUUUUGCACAUUGUAGGCUGUUUUUUUUUCUAAGUUUGCAUUUUCGAAAUGGGCGUCAGCCCGGGCACGGGGCAGGUUUAAUUUUUUUUUUCCUCGUCUGUCCCGGUUCAUUGUUGGGUUGUUUCGUGUUGUUCGUUGUAGCCGCCUCCCCGUGAGUGUUUGGGAGUUCGAGACCUUCAGUGCCAUAGCGUGGACUGUAUUAUUGAGUCUGAGCACACUUGUUUCUUCAGAGAUCACGCCGUUUUUCAGUUUUUCUUUAACGGAGGGAAGAGUCGUGUAUUGCGGGAGAAAUGGAGCAAUUAAAGAGAGGAAGAGCACCUCGACGUACCCGGCCAGGCAGAGCUGUGUAACGUUGGUCUUGACCACGUGCAGACGUCUGUCGAAGAGUACGGUGCAAGUGAGGAUAUACUUAAAACAUGCGCCGCCUUUCUCCGUCGUGCAAUCGAGCGACGCCAUUAAUAUUUUUUUUGACGUGGGAACACAUAUCUAAUGUUAUUUUCUUUCACGUCACGAGCGUGAAUGGCAUGCAUUGGGGGGUGGAUAACCUCCGAAAAGCAGUUAGAGACCCCUGUUAGCUGUUUGGUGUCAGUCUCCGUCGUCCUGAGUUCCUCGUUUUCAAGCAGAGGCUUCGACGACCGACGUUCUUAGACCGAAUCGGCCUGCGCCUUUGUCCGCUCCCUCGAGGUCAACUCUCCUCCGCAACGUGCGCGGGGUACUUCGACGAUCCGUCGAUCGUUUCGGUUCGACGGAAACUCGGACGCUUGGCCUCGAACGACCCGAGAAAGGUGCGACGAAGCGGUCUCGUAACUUUUGCGCAGCGGGAAGGAAAAAAAAAAAAAGCGUCGCGUUUUAUUUGAGCAUGCCAUCAACGUUUGGACAGCUUGGUGUCGGUGUCAAGCAGCCGCGUGCGUAGAGCUUUCAGUCGUGCCCGCCGUCCCGCCCGCUAACCGCGGCGGGCGGACGGGAACCGAGACAUUCCACACCGAGGUUGAGUGCAGAGCUUUAUUAUUUUUUAUGUUUUUUGACAUUUUGAUCCGCAAAGCGUACACGAAGCCAAACGCACGGGUUGUCGCCGGCAAGAACGGCCCGCGCGACAAUCUUCGCGUACGAGGCCGACACACACCGGUCCUAGCGGAAGGCAAAAGAAGAAAGAAAAGGAAGGCAAGACGAUUUUGAAGAACACGUGUGUCUUGUGUCCUGUACGGCGUGUGAAUUCGUGAUAUGUAUGUAUAAAUAUACAUAUAAUAUAAUAAUGCAAAUUGUAGUCUUGUGUAGAAAUAAAAAAACAAAUCCUGUUUAAACUAACGAUUCUUCUGUACCAGCCGAUCACUUUGAUUGCAAUAAACACCACAUGGUUGUCCCAA